AAUAAACCAAUCUGUGAAUUUCCGAUCUGCUUCAUCGGAAGCGUGUUAACGUAACACCAUGCGACGGACAGCAACCGUGUGACGCCAUCAAACAUCGACUGGCUCUAGGACGUAUUCAUUUUGCAGGGGAUGGACUUCACAGAAUGCUAUGAAGACACAGUGUCCACUGUUGCUGCAGCAGCUCGCUCAGGCUGCAGGAAGCGGCUAAGGAGUCUGAUCCAGAGAGGCUGCAGUAUGGACUGUCGGGAUAACCGCGGCUGGAACGCUCUGCAUGAGGCGGCAGCUGCCGGCAGUAAAGAGUGUGUGCAGGAAAUAUUGUCUGCAGGAAGCGCGAGCUCCUCCAGAUGUCGUCAUGAUUAUGUGAACUCUUUGACUCAUGAGGGGGAAUCAGCAUGUUACCUGGCAGCACAGCGAGGACACCUGGUGGUGGUCCGUCUCCUCCUGAAAGCACACGCUGACCUCAACCAGCUGACCAAUGAUCUCUCCUGUCCUUUAUAUGCAGGUGUGGAUAACGGGCACACAGAGGUUGUGAAGCUUUUGGUUAGGAAAGGUGCAGAGGUCAACAGGAUACACACAGCAUCGUGCUGGACCUGCCUACAUCAAGCUGUUUACAAGGGUCACAGCGACAUUGUGCGUAUUCUUGUUAAUGUUUGCAACCUGGAGGCACAGGAUGACCACAAGAUUUCCCCACUGUUUGUGGCCGCACAGUACGGACAGAGGGAAUGCCUGGAGCUCCUUAUUAAUGCUGGAGCCAAUGUGAACACACAGGCAGAUGAUCUGGCAACGCCACUGCUGAUUGCCUCCCAGGAAGGCCACCAGGCUUGUGUGGAUCUCCUGUUGGAUCACGGCGCCGAUCCGAACAUGGCCUGCAGCAACGACUGGCCUCAGUUUCCCAUUCAUGCCGCUGCUGAGUUUGGACAUGUCAGUAUUCUGCGCAGGCUGAUAGAGGUCACUGACCGGACAUGUGACCGCGGCGAAGGCAUGGUCAGUCCGCUGUAUGUGGCCAUCCACAGUGACCAGACCAGCAGCGUUGAGCUGCUGUUAAACGAAGGUUACAGCCCAGACGCUCAGGACUAUGCAGACCCUCUGGGUUUCCCUUCUCCGCUCUCUAUGGCGUUAUAUCAUAUGUCCACCAAACCAUGCAGUGAGUCAAUAAAGCUGCUGCUUGCUGCGGGAGCAACUUUAAAUGCAGAGGAAUGGACUCACGCACUGGCCACUGACAGAACGGACCUGCUGGAACUGAUCCUGGACUACAGGUGGAUCCCUCGGCCAGAGGCUUUUACCAAGAACGUUUCAGCACCACACGAUCAUGGGAAGAUGGUGUUCAAGCUACAGGAGAUGAGGGAACUGAUCUGUGUAGCACUGGGCCAACUGGACUUUGCUUCCUGUUGGCUUUCUGUACUUCUAAAGAAAGGACUUGAACCAUCUUUGCUGCUGCACCCCCACAUGCUGGAGAAGGCAGACAGUGAUGUGCUGAACUAUCUGCUUGAGUUUGUAAACUGGUCGACUCUUUCUCCUUCUCUGAAGACUAUUUUGGACCAGAGGCGGGCAGAGAAGACCUGGGAGCCACACACUCAUUUUGAGUCAGUUCCGUGUCUUUCCCACCUCAGCCGGCUGAAGGUUCGGGAAGUACUGGGGCCGGAUCAGCUGAUGAGGACCAAUAUAGUCCAGCAGCUUCCUGUUCCCUCUCUACUUCAGGAUUUUCUUAAAUUCAGGGACAUCCAAGAACUUUUCUACACGCACCCCCCAGCAUCACCUGUUAUAAAUCGCAUUGAAAUAUUCCGCAGCACACAUGAACACAGACAUGUUCUGUAAAUGUGAUUUAGUCCUUCUCAUUUUGUCUCUCUCUUGCUAAUUCAAAGGUGUUAAGAUCUAUAUUUCACAUUGAGUUUAUUGUCAAACCCCUCAAAUCUAAAACCUUACGUUUACAAUGUCCUGUCUUAUGGAAACAUUUCAUAUAAAUUCCUUAUGUUAUUGAUUCAGGAUUUUUGGCUUUUUAGAAAGUAGUAAAGAAAAACAAAUCUCUACAGUACUAUUUUGUCUGCUUUGGGAUUAAAGGAUUGUGGAAUUGGAA